UCAUUGAGCAUCCCAGUGAGUGUGAAGAGGGCGAACACCAGGAGAGAGAACAUGAUCGUCAACACCUCCAGCUCAGUAAAUGGAGAUGCCAUUUGCACCCGUUGCCAUCAAACCUGUGAAGGUUUCAUCUGUAAAUUCUCCUGUUUUCCAACAAAGCAGGAGGGCAGAGGAGGACGAGGAGCAGGAGGAGGAGGUGGUGGUGGUGGUGGUGGUGGUGUGCACCGUUGAGUAGUUUCCCAGUCGUCAUGACGACCUCACACCCCACCAUCUCCAGAGCUGUCUUCCUGUUGCCACGGUGACCUGAUCCCGUUUCCAUCUCCGCUCUUCUUGAUGAUCCGGAUUGGGCUGAUAAAGGAGAAAGAUCCGCGAACGACGUCCCCUUUCCUCGAAAACCGCUCGUGGAUGGGACAGCGGGUCAGACACGGGGACAGCGGACAGGAGGACAGGCAGGCACGGCGUGCUGGGAAUGCUGUGGGAGUAAUACGGUAGCGUUGCCUGGAAACAGCAGCAUGCCAAUACAACAGAUAACUGUGGUCCCAGCCAGGGAGACAGCCAGCAACGGCAAGAGCGCUGCUCGCUCUAAAGACAAGUCUGAGGGGAGGAAGGACCCCGGGCGCUCAGGGAGUCGAUCCAGCAACAUCUCCAAGGCCAGCAACUCCACAGCAGGACUAACUACAGCUUCAAGAACAUCAAUCACCCCGUCUUCUCAGGACAUAUGCAGUUCUGGCCAGCUGACCCGUUUAGAGGAGGAUGUUUCUGAGUCACACACACAAAACAAGCACACACACACCUCUGUGAUGACCGUCACCAGCUCAACUCUGGCCUCGUUGGCCCAGUCACAGAAGAAGCAGGUGAAGCGCCGCCACCGCCGCAAAAGAAGCUGCACCGCCAGCGACUCUGUGGAAACCAUCGCCAAGCAGGAGCUCAGCGACCGCAGCCUGAGCUCUGACCGCAGCGAGCACGGAGAGAAGAGGGAGAAGUCUGUGAAGAACCGGAGGGAGCUCCCCCCUCGCCUCCGCUGCUCGGGGGCCCCGCAGACAGAUUCCACCUCCGAGGAUGAGGCGUGGCGCGAGGCUCGCAGCUGGAGCAAAGAGAAGGCCAGAAGAGUGCGCCGCCGCAGCGGAAGCAGCCGAGAGAGGGAUGUAGCGAACGGCUGUAAAGGACGGGAAGACAAAACAGAGACCAUGGAGCUGCAGUCGGUCGGCUCGGACGACGGGAAGGAGAACCAGCCGCUGGUGGAGGACAGCGGAGGCCUGAAGAAGCGCCACAGCAGCAGAGCAUCGACGAAGAGAGAAGGCCACGUUUCACAGAGAGAAGGCUCGCACAGCAGAGAUAAGGAGAAGAGCUCCAAGUCAGGGAGCAGCUCCUCAUUGGUGGAGGACGGUGAGGAGCACAUCACCAAGAGAUACCAGGAAAAGGGGUCAGGGGGUGGGGACAUGUCUGCACCGACACCACAGAAACACUGCAGUAUGAAUGGAGGCAUGACACGGCAGUUUUCUGAUGACUCUGAGACGGAGGUCUGCAGGAUUUGCCACUGUGAGGGGGAUGAUGAGUGCCCGUUGAUAAUGCCUUGUCGCUGCACGGGGAGCCUGAGUUUCGUCCACCAGACCUGUCUCAACCAGUGGAUCAAGUCCUCAGACACUCGCUGCUGUGAACUCUGCAAGUUUGACUUCGUUAUGGAGACGAAGCUCAAACCCUUACGCAAGUGGGAGAGGCUACACAUGUCGAAGGGCGAGAGGAGGAAGAUCUUCUGUUCGGUGUUGUUUCACCUGAUAGCAAUAGUGUGUAUGUUGUGGUCAGUCUACGUACUGGUCAAGAGAACCGCGGAAGAGAUCAGACUCGGGAAGAACGACGAAAUAUGGAGAGUUUCUCUUCUGAAGUACUAUACGGAAGAGGGUGUUCUAGAGUGGCCCUUCUGGACCAAGCUGAUUGUGGUGGCCAUCGGCUUCACAGGCGGCCUCAUCUUCAUGUACAUCCAGUGUAAAGUCUACCUGCAGCUGUGGCGCCGCCUCAAGGCCUUCAACCGCAUCAUCACUGUGCAGAACUGCCCCGAGAAAGACCUGCACAACCCUCAGGCCCGAGCCAGCACCCUGACCAACGGAAGGCACGAAACCGUGGAGGUCCCAGUAGGUCUGGCCCCCGUCGCGGCUCCAGAGGCACAGAUGCACUCGGACAUGUCGGUGGAGGCUGCGGUGGCGCCGUCACAAAACCCCGUCUGAGCGAUUCUCCUUUCCGCUCAGACAGAGUCCUGAAUCAGCCCCCGCUCAUCCAACAACACAAGCUGAGGUGAGCAGCGGGUGAUUUAGACUCGUACAGUGUUUUAGUGUUCAUCUCAGCUCCUGUGAUAACUGAUCCGGAGACUCAACAGAUGGAUUUUAAAGUCCUUCAGUGAUCAAGGAAAAAUUGGAAGGCUGAAGGGCUGCAGUGAUGUGAACGUGCAACAAAAACAAAGAAAGUGGCGGGCCGGGAAAAAAGUGAGAAGUAAAGGAAAACAAAGCCAUCAGCAGGAGAAGUUUGUAAAGACUGUAGUUAUGUGAUAUAUUUUAUUUCUGUAUGCACUUUCUCAAACUGCACUGACGUGAGUUAAAGGUGUGAACACCCUGUGGAUGCUAUUACGAGUCUCAGUAUGCUUCAAACAAACCUCAUACAACAUCUCUUACAACCGCGUCUUAAGGCAAAAGUUUUUAUAGUUGUUUACAAAUGGCCAGAAGCCUGUUGCCACAGAGAGGAGCGAGAUGAGAGGAAAUGUACAAACAGGUAUUACAGCGCACAGUCUCGCCUCAAAGACAUUUGCCGUGUUGCACUUGGUUGUUUUGUUCAUUUGAAAAGUGAAAAAAGUGGUUGUGCAAGGAAUGAAGAAGAAAAAGAGCUUGAAAACAGACACUGACAGUGACAGUGACAUGCUGUUCUGUACUUGCGGUCUGAUAGUUAGUUACUACAAAGCAUUUUUCAUCGUGUUGAUUUUGGCAGCCCUCCUGGCAGACUCCCUUUAGAAAACCUCUAAUUUUAAUUUUCUGCUGCCCUGCUGUAGCUUCUCUCUGUUCGUCAAAAAGUGCUGGCUAUCGAGAGAUGCUACGUAUCGGUUCUGCACAUGCGUGAGAGUAUUAUUUGAAAUGGGAUAUUGAUCUUUCGACUUAUGAGGCCCCUGAAAUCUUAAGUAAAUAUGUUAUGAGUAUCAAAAUAUGCUCCCCAUCUACUUACAGUAGUCACACCAUUGUUUGUAUUCAAAACCUACAUAUAAAGAUGUCAUAAUACUGGAUAUUUAAACACACAAGGUAGCCUUUUAUUUCAACAAGGCAGCAUAAAUCUGGCCCACGUAGUGGAAGUUCCCGCCAAAGUCGAUGUACAGAUCCUCCGUCCACCACCUCCAGUCCCAUCUGGAGGAGCAGCGAGGUGAAGCUCUGCUCCUGGAGAGGAGGAGGUGCCAGGUGCAGAGCUCUCAGUCUCUGCCAGAACUUUGAUUGUAAAGCUGUAUCUGGGUCUGGUCGCUGCUGGAGACCCUGCUGGAGUCUGAGCUGGAGGAGUAAAUAAUUUUGUCUGAUCCUGUGGCAGGUAGUAAGAAAACCUAUACAGAAAUAGACAAUAUUCUCAUUGAUUGUCUUGUUUGCUUAUAUAGGUCAUUAAGAUGUAUCAGUGUUAGAUUAAGACUGUUUUAUAUCUGGUUAAAAACACCUGGCAGUAAAUUAUUGCACUCAGGUGUGGAUUUUAGAUUCUGUUAGAUGAUACUAUCACUAUCAACACCUACACAAGUCUAAAAAAAAAUCUGAAGAUUGUUAGUUUUUCCUACACGCAUCUUAAACAUGUCAGAGAUGUGUCAGUCAUUAAAUUUGGAAUAACAAGA